GCCGACCCAACCGCACCGCGUCGCAGCCGCAACUUCGCAAGGGUCGGAGUCGCACGCGAACCCGCCCGCCUCUCCACAAGCCAUGGCCGCCGCCACCAACGCCGCCGCCGCCGCCGCCGCCGCUCCGGCCCCAGCUCCGGCGACGCCGGUGCCGCGCGGGCAGGUGGAUCUGGUCGACUUCAUCGACUGGAGCGGCGUCGAGUGCCUCAACCAGGACCCCGCCCACAGCAUCGUUAACGCCCUCAAGCAGGGUUACAGGGACGACGAGGGGCUGUACUUGGCCAGCGAUUCGGAUGAGCAGCUGCUUAUCCACAUCCCCUUCAUGCAGGUGGUUAAGCUGCAUUCCGCGCUAUUCAAGGGCCCCGAGGAAGAUGGCCCGAAAACAAUUAAACUCUUCUGCAACAAAGAGCAUAUGGGUUUCAGCAAUGUCAAUGACUAUCCACCAAGUGACAGUCUUGACCUGUCUUCCAAUCAUUUAUCAGAGAGUAAGCCUAUGCAGCUUAAGUAUGUCAAGUUCCAGAAUGUUCGCAGCCUGACUAUAUUUAUUGAGGACAAUCAAAGUGGAAGUGAUGUCUCAAAAAUUCUCAAGAUUGCGCUGUACGGAACAACUGUGGACACUACAAAUAUGAAGGACCUGAAGAAGAUAGAAGAGCAUUAAGACCAUACGAAGCUAGCAUGUUCCAAUGGGUGUAUGGCACAAAAAACAGUUAACAAUUGAAUUUCUAGUUGAUCUUGGCAACUUUGCGCCCCAUUUUAUACAUGAGGAAUUUGAGAGCCGCAGGAUCUGGUGGAGAUACCAUACAUUUGCCUCUUGGCCUCGGGCUUUACCUUGUAGUGCUACCGAUGGCUUGAUGUGGCAAGCGAAUUCAUAUGUUUCCUCUUUAAGAAAUUCAUAUUUGGAGUUGUGGUGGUACCUUCUUGAUCGAUCGAUCGAUCUGCUUCACAGUAACCGUUACAUGUUUCUUAAGAAAUUCAUAUUUGGAGUUGUGGUGGUACUUGUUAGAUCGAUCGAUCUGCGUCACAGCAACUGUUGCAUAUGUUUAGCUUGUGUUUGUUUGCCUGUCUUAGUUAACUGGGAACCAAACUUGUGGUCAUUCGGUCAAUUUGCUAUGUCAUGACAAGAUGAUUCAAACUA